AUCUAUACCGUCCCGCGCCCAGCAAGAAGCGCUGUGCGCCUGUACUCCCCGACCCCCGGCACAUCCCCACGCCCAGCUUCCCAGGCCGGUCUUCUGCGUGGCUCAAGUCGCCCAGGUCUCCACGCAACAAUGCAGCGUGGGCGGCCCCAGCGGCCUCAUUUGCAUAUCGCCGCGGCUCGGCCAAUGGGCUGCGCAGGGGCUCUGGAACGCAGUGUUGCCAUCGGCGUGCGCGCGUGUGUGCGAGUGUGACAGCGGCUGUGGCUGUGGCCGUGGCCGUGGGAGGCGGGCCCGGCGGAGCCCAGCCGCACGGGGACCGGCCCGGGCUCCCGCUCCCCAAGCGCAUCGCGGCCGCGUGGCCCGGCAGAGCCCUGAGACCACCCGGCCCCGGCCGGCCGCAGUCGCGAUGUCGGUGGCCGGGCUGAAGAAGCAGUUCCACAAAGCCAGCCAGCUGUUUAGUGAAAAAAUAAGUGGUGCUGAAGGAACUAAACUAGACGAUGAAUUUCUUGACAUGGAAAGGAAAAUAGAUGUUACCAAUAAAGCUGUUGCAGAAAUUCUUUCAAAAACCACUGAAUAUCUUCAGCCAAAUCCAGCAUACAGAGCUAAGCUAGGAAUGCUGAACACUGUGUCGAAGAUCCGAGGGCAGGUGAAGACCACGGGAUACCCGCAGACAGAAGGCUUGCUGGGGGACUGUAUGCUGAAAUAUGGGAAGGAGCUCGGGGAAGACUCCACCUUUGGCAAUGCAUUGAUAGAAGUUGGUGAAUCCAUGAAGCUAAUGGCUGAGGUGAAAGACUCUCUUGAUAUUAAUGUAAAGCAAACUUUUAUUGAUCCACUUCAGUUACUACAAGAUAAAGAUUUAAAAGAGAUUGGGCACCACCUGAAAAAGCUGGAAGGCCGCCGCCUGGAUUACGAUUAUAAAAAGAAAAGAGUAGGUAAGAUACCAGACGAAGAAGUCAGACAAGCGGUAGAAAAAUUUGAAGAGUCAAAGGAGUUGGCUGAAAGAAGCAUGUUUAAUUUUUUAGAAAAUGAUGUAGAACAAGUCAGCCAGUUGGCCGUGUUCAUAGAGGCUGCAUUAGACUAUCACAAACAGUCCACAGAGAUUCUGCAGGAGCUGCAGAGCAAGCUACAGAUGCGAAUAUCAGCUGCAUCCAGUGUUCCCAGACGAGAAUACAAGCCAAGGCCCGUGAAAAGGAGUUCUAGUGAGCUCAAUGGUGUCUCCACCACCUCUGUCGCAAAGACGACAGGUUCUAACGUUCCCAUGGACCAGCCUUGCUGUCGUGGUCUCUAUGACUUUGAGCCAGAAAACCAAGGAGAAUUAGGAUUUAAAGAAGGGGACAUCAUUACGUUAACCAAUCAAAUAGAUGAAAACUGGUAUGAAGGAAUGAUACACGGGGAAUCCGGAUUCUUCCCCAUUAAUUAUGUUGAAGUGAUCGUGCCUUUACCUCAGUAAUUGUGUAACACAAACUGGACAUAACUUUUGUAACUGAAAUGAAUUCACACCAAUGUGCUCUCAGUGUGGUGUUCUGUGACAUCCUUUGCUCGCUGACCAACUUAAUGACCUUUUUACUUGUGUUCUCUUUAUAAUGUAUUUUGUAUCAAUUUAAUUUGUAUAAAUGAUUUUCUUGUCCUUGCUACAUGAAAAUAUUUUCUUUUUUGCUUCUUGUCCUAAAAGUCAUUGGUUAAAUGUAUGUGCUUCCUGUUGCUAAAAAUAAGUCUCACCCAUUGCAGUUGUGUCAGAAAAUGGCCUAUAUUUCUCAACUGCAAUGAAAUGAACAUUUGAAACUAAGAAAUGCUAAAUAUUUUGUUUCUUGACAUUCCUGAUGAUGUCUGGUCUUUUCUCUUCUUUGUAUUUUCAGCUUACCUGUGAAUAGCCCAAUAAACAUGACACACUGUGUUGGCAGAAGGCCUUGGUUAUUUUUAA